AUGUAAUAAAUGGUAUGACGAAAAACUCUCUUAUCAUUUGAAAAAUAGGUAAAAUUUGUAACAUGCAACUUCCCUAUUUAUUCUAUAUCGGACAAUAUUUUGCAUAACAAUCCACAAUUUUAUGAUAGAGGCAUCAACGAAAUGGAGAAGUUCUUCUAUCUGUCCUCGGAGGACAUCAUGGUGAACCCAUCAGUCGUUUCCAUGGGCGACAGGUACCCGCUUCGCGAUCCGAGCCCGGUUACUCUUAACGACAGCUGUCUAGACCCGCUGGAAUCGUCCUUUAGGAGGAAGAAGAAAUGGUUCGGCUCGUUCAGCGUCGUGUACAAGGUCAAUGAGAUGAACCGGAAAGCGGACCGACUCCCCGACACUAACCUCUCCCCACCCACCGUGAAGCGGAUGAUACCACUUCCGGUUCUAACGACAGACGACGAGGCGCGCAUGCUGCCCGGAAACAGACACAGUAUGGCGUCCGACGAUGGUAUCAACAACCCCGCCUUUGAUCAGGUGUCAGAAACUAACAACGCCCAGCAGGAUUGGAGCGAAACAAGCAGCGAAAAUAACAAAGAGGACCAGAAAAAGGCACGUGAUCAUUAUGGCGUUGCUGGAUCACGUGAGAGCUAUGGGCUGGCCAUGUCACGUGACAGCUACGGCGUUGCAGGAUCACGUGAUACCUAUGGAACCACUGACAGUCUUCCAAGGCCAAUAAAGCGUAACGAAAAAACUUUUAUACCUCCUGAUCCGGAGAGAGGUGAAAAAACAUCGACGUUGAAAUCCUGGGACGUCUUCAGGGUCGUGAACAGAAGCAGGCAGAGAGGAGUAGACGACGAGUUUUACAAUAAACUUCAAAAAGGACUUAAGAUAGUCUUAAGUAUUUUUUUAACUUUCGCAAUUCUCGCAUUGACGAUGUUGAGUAAAAGCGCUCUGUUCCUAAUAACCUCUAACGUUUAUUCAAACGUGACUUUCGAGUGUACCUGGAUUUCGUACAAGGAUGUUGUCAACUGUACGCGGGUACCUGCUGAUCGGGUUCGCACAGACGCUUUUCAUCCGUCACCAAGCGUCCAGGCGAGAUGGAUCUGGGCGCUAUUUAUUGUCGUCUGCACACCAUGCUUGUUCACGUUCGGGAAGUGCUUGUGGCGCGUGUGCUUCAAAAAGACGCGCAAUCCAACGCCGCGAGUACUGUUUCUGGUGCUCGCUAUCGAGACACUACACACGGCAGGUAUGACACUGUUCGCCUUCUACGUCCUACCUAGCCUCGACUCCCUGCGCGGUCUGACCUUGACCUUUGGAGUCGGCUUCGUGCCCGCCGUACUAAAGAUGUUCGACACGCAGCGGGAGGAAGGCCGGAAGUACUAUAUCAUACUUGCCGACAUCGUGGCGCUUGCAAUACAGAUAUCGAUCCUCGUCCUCUGGCCCAUACAUGACGUAGUGACGAGUUCAAGCUCCGAGCUCACGUGGACGAUACCGGUCUCUCUUCUCCUCAUCUCCAUCGGUUGGUGGGAGAACUACAUCAACAAGUUCACACGGAUGGGGCGCCUUGGGUUACGUCUGAAGGAGUUCAAACAUAAGGUGCGACGGAUGCGGACAAAGGUUUACAUCCUGGCGAGCAUGUGGAAGAUCAUCCUAACGCUCGUGCUCAUGACCGUAAUGACGACGGCCGGAAAUAGUUCCUGCCUCAAGGUGCUCUACUUCGACGCGGAGUUCGCGCCGGACUGCCCACAUCUCGUCAAUCCGCACGGGAAUAACGUGGACUCCCAUAGCAUGAAGACGGAUCCGUACUGGGUCGCCGUCGUUCAGGUGCUUUCGUGUCUCCUCUGCUACCAGCUGUCGAAGACCGCAUGCAAGGUGAUGCUCCAGAUAGUAAGCUUCUCGCUGCCGCUGAUGCUCGCAGCGCCGAUCAUCGGGGGCCUCUUCAUCGCGAGCUGCGAGUCUUGGGCGUUCGAACCGUCGACCUUAUUGCCGCCGUACCUGUACUGGACUUGUGACAUCAGUGGGGUUUCUAUCGGCUACCUGGAGACGCUGUAUAAGGAUUAUCUACUUCCGGUUGCGCUGCUUUGGUGGCUGUCGUUCAUGUGGGUUACAUUCCACAUUUGGAUGCCACGGGUGGAGCGACUGGUCCAGACCGAGCACUUGUUCGUGCAGCCGCUCUACUGCGGCGUGAUGCUGGAGCAGUCGCUGAUGCUGAACAGGCGCCGCGACGAUCAGGACAGGGGCCGCGGAAACUCGGACAAGAAGCGCAAACAGCAGACGACAUUUACCCAGCUGAAUGGCCCCUACCCAACCAGUCUACCAAUGACCCCGCGUGACCCCGAGAGGCGGGACCCAGCCCCGAUGAUCUAUGUCUGCGCCACAAUGUGGCAUGAAACGCAGAAGGAAAUGUUACAGAUUCUUACCUCCGUUUUCCGAAUGGACGAUGACCAGUGUGCAAGAAAGAACGCUCAGAGGUUUUUCGACGUGGUGGAUCCUGACUACUACGAAUUUGAAGCGCAUAUAUUUUUCGACGACGCAUACCUUCCUCACGCAGAGGACGCAGACGACUAUUACGUCAACAGUUUCGUGCACCAGCUUGUUCGUACCAUCGACAUGGCUGCCAGCAAAGUUCACCGCGUGCCCAUGCGCCUUGCCCCACCCACCCGCUACCCCACCCCUUACGGCGGAAGGCUGGAGUGGAGCAUGCUGGGAGGCAACAAGCUGAUCGUACACCUCAAGGACAAGACGAAGAUACGGAUCAAGAAACGCUGGAGCCAGGUCAUGUACAUGUACUACCUGCUCGGUCACCGACUCGUCGGCCAGAAUCUGGACGCGCGCCGAAAGCAGACGAUAGCCGACAAUACGUUCCUCCUUACGCUGGACGGCGACGUGGAUUUCAAGCCGUCGGCGGUACAGGUGCUAGUCGACCGGAUGAAGAGAAACGACAAAGUGGGAGCGGCAUGCGGGCGCAUCCAUCCGAUUGGAAUGGGACCCAUGGUAUGGUAUCAGAAAUUCGAAUACGCGAUCAGCCAUUGGCUGCAGAAAGCGACUGAGCAUAUGAUUGGCUGCGUUCUGUGCAGCCCCGGAUGUUUCAGCUUGUUUCGCGCAUCGUCUCUAAUGGACGAUAACGUGAUGGGAAAAUACGCCACCGUAUCGUCACAGGCUAAACACUAUGUACAAUAUGACCAAGGCGAGGACCGAUGGUUAUGCACGCUACUGCUGCAGCAGGGUUACCGUAUCGAGUACUGCGCAGCCGCGGACGCUCUUACAUACGCACCGGAAGGAUUCGACGAGUUCUACAACCAGCGGCGUCGGUGGUCGCCAUCCACCAUGGCAAAUAUCAUGGAUUUAUUAGGCGACUGGCGGAACAUCGUGAAGGUGAACGAGAACAUGUCGCUGCUCUACAUGUCGUACCAGCUGCUGCUCUUCUGCUCCUCGCUGCUCACACCCUCAACCAUCUUCCUGCUCAUCACCGGCGCACUCAACACGGCGUUUCCGGCUUUCGACCUGAUCAACUCUCUCGUCGUUAACGCCGUCCCGGUCGCACUCUUUAUGGUCACGUGCUUCUUCUGUGAGCCCAAGUGGCAGUUGCGACUAGCCCAGGUUCUCUCCCUCGCCUACGCCAUGUGCAUGAUGGUGGUCGUAGUGGGCCUCGGUCUAAACAUGAUACUGGAGGGAACGUGCUCGCCCACCGCGAUCUUCCUCUACUUCCUGCUUGGCGUCUUCAUCAUCGCAGCGUUCAUGCAUCCUCAGGAGUUCGUCUGUAUCUUGCACGGCGCCCUCUACUUCCUGGCGGUGCCCUCGAUGUCGAUGUUGCUUAUGAUCUACUCCAUCUGCAACAUGCACGUGGUGUCCUGGGGCACGCGCGAGACCGCUACGGCAGCCGACCCGAACGCUAAGCCCGCAAAAAAGCCCGACAGUCGAUUGCAGGCGCUACUCCAGAAAUUCUCUUCAUCCGACGCCGACGAGACAAGCGACUACAACUUCUCUUUCGGGAACCUCUUCCGCUGCGUCUGCUGCCCGCGUCCCCGACCGGACGCCACCGAGAGCAAGUUUGAGCUCGUGAUCGACAAAUUAGAGUCGCUUGAACGCGCUCUUGGCGGGAAUCAGCAUCUAGAAAAUGCUGCUAGAAGUGUCACCACUGACGAUGGCGUAAGCGUGACGUUUGAGACAGUGGCGGAAGGCGACACAGACGGGCUGCGACGUCGGAAGGAAAGUUCGAAAAGCGUCCCGUCGACUCCCGGUAUCGCAGGCGGAUUCGAAGCAAUAAAUCCAGCGUUCAAGCAGACGUUCGCGCCUUACGACGAAAAUGCGCCAAACUGGCUGAACGACGACGGACUGGGUAAUGGCCGAACGCGUUACCUUGGCAACGACGAGAAACUGUUCUGGAAGGACCUGAUCAAGAAGUACCUACUUCCGCUUGAGAAAAACGAGGCUCAGCAGGCCAAAGUUCAGAACGACCUUCUAGAACUGAGGAACAAAAUGAGUCUAAUGUUCUUCAUGCUGAAUGGCCUUUUCAUCGUUAUUGUCUUCACGUUACAGUACACGAACGCCAUCAAGAUGGGCAAGGGCAUCAGCAUCCCGCUGCCCUGCUACGCCAACAACGGGCGGCAGCUUACCCUGGAGCCCAUCUCUCUCCUCUUCAUGAUCGUGUACGGUGUGGCGCUUGUCAUCCAGUUCGUUUCCAUGUUCUUCCACCGUCUCGGCACCGCGCUCCACAUCAUGAGCUCCACAGACAUCAACUGUAUGAAGCCCAACAACCGGGAGAUCAACGCCAUGGAUAUUGCCAGUAAGAUCGCGCUCGUAAAGGAGAUGCAACAGAUGGACGACGAGGACGACAAGAUGUCCGUGACGACCACGUCGAGCAGCAACAUUGACGACGACAGCAGCCUUACGCAGGACGAUUCCCCGAGACUGAAACGCCGAAAGACCGUCAUCCGAAUCACGAAGCGCCGAAAACAGAAUCAGGGACCCAGUGGCGUUCCGGGCAUUGAAGUUCCGGCGGGGCCGGGAGACAACCUGGGAAGCAAAUUCAUGAAGAAUUUCAUGGACCUCGCCAACGACCUACGCAACGAGCGAGUGAGCCAAACAAGCGAACAUAGCGAAGGUGCUUCCGGUAAGUUCGGUCGCCGGAAGGGAAGCAGCGGCAACAAACGAAAGAGCAAGAAGGCUAUGCGCGCAAUCAACUCGAUACAGAACGACAAGCGAAUUGUGCUCAGCAAGGCGGAGGCCAUUGAGACGAAACUCCAGAAGAUUAACCGCCGACAUGGUGCGGAGGGCACGACCGGCAAGGUUGACACGUGGCUACAUCUCGUUCGCGAUGUGCUGACACAGUCUCGGAUGAGCCUGAACACGAUAGGCGAAGAGGAGAAGCGCAGCUCGCUUCCUUGGCGGAACCGCCUAAGUCGCUCCAAUUCCAUCGAUGCGAUGCCGAGGGACGAUGUGAAGCUUAAGAGUCUUCCGAAGCGCGGCAGCUAUGGCGGCUCGUCAACGUUGAACAUAAUUGCCGACAGCGAGGAGCCGGAUGUCCACGUGCUCAGCCAGCCGCGUAGUAGCGAUGCGGAUACGAAGAGAGACAGCUUGUUGGAUACGUAUAAAGAUGUGGUAGUCGCGAUGCGACCUAAAUCGGACGCGUCUGCUGCUAGUAAGACUUCGGGUAGAGAUUUAAAGUCGAAUAAAUUAUCGGCGGAAGUUCGACCGUUUUCGACCAAUAAAACACCGCGCAUCAGCGAGGACGAUGCGCGCGCAAACUCUAUCGAGUCGGAAUCGGAAGCAUCCGACAAUUCCGGGUCUAAUUCGCGAGCGCCCUCUGUGACUUUCAAUGACCACCCGGAGUUCAUAUCGAAUUUCAGAGAGGCUCAGAGCGUUAGUGUUCCGGCUCCGAAUGACGUAUUUAUUGACGAAAGUUGAUGACGUUAUCUGACAAAAUAUCGUACCUGUGUAAACUAAUUAAAUGUACAUUAAGUUAAACUACUUUUCGUGAGAGAUUCUUUAGCGUUGUAACGAACUUCAUUUAUUUUGUCUUGCAGGUCAAGCAAACAAUUUUAAGUGAGUGCAUGCACAGUUUUGACGAAUAUUAGCAAUAUUACCUUUUAUGUAAAGUAGUAAUUACUGUUUCAAAACAUAUGCGUCAUAUGGAGUUGUAUGAAAACAGUUUGUGCCUGUCUUUCACAUGAAUAUGCGUGAACCGUUUGUAAAUCAAAUGGUUCGUGUUUUCGCCCCUCCCCUACAAAAACACCUUUCUUGCAAUAGUUAAUCCGUAUGAGUGUCUUUGUCUUAUAGAUUAAUUUGUUCUCGCGAAAAAAAAACAUUUGUGGAAAGUAUCCAUUCGGAGGAAAGAAACCCAUAUGCAAGCGAAUUGUAUAAACAACGUAUUUCAAAAUUCAAUGUGUGAUACAUGUCCGCUUAGUGUCUUCCCAUGUAAUUCGCAACCGCGUUCUUUCGUUUCCAUAUAUUUUGUACCCGCUUUCAUUUAUGAGCGUGUUUGUCAGGAUACUCUGAUAUUAAUUGUAGUUUAGCUGCCUAUAUAAGUUAUGUAAACAUAUUACAAGUAGUUCAAGGAACUUGUAUUUAUGUAUGUUGUUACAGUUAAAUGUUAAGAUUUUGCUGCGGUCUAUUUAACAAUGACUAUAUUUAGAGUAACAAUAAGUUUAAAAUGGCAUCGAAUCCCUCAAAGCAUUUUACACAAUAUCUGUUCAGAAAUGUAAUCUAAUUAAUAUUGUUUACAGAUUGUUUACAUACAAACAAAUACAUUAGAUGCAUACAAAUAAUUUGUUUUAAUAAUUCAUUAAUGUAAAACUUUCAAAUAAAAACACACUUUUCUAUGAUACGAAUACUUAUAUAAAGAGAUUUUUUUUAGGAAAAUAACACUAGUAAAUAUAUAUAUUGUUAUAAAUGUCAAUAUGUUCUAGCACUGUUAUGGAGUUUGCUCAGGUUUUCAAAAACAACUACAACACUUUUAUUAUAUUCCCGUAAUGUGCUAUUAUAUCGUAUUACUGGAUAUUCAGGAUACUUGCCCGGCAAUUUCAUCCUUUUGUCUGGUACUUUAUGUCCUUAACAUCGACAUAACCUACUUAAUUUUUAUCCCACAAAAACAUGGCCAUGUAUUCUACUUAAUACACAUAAAAGUGUAACAUUCGUGCCUUAUAGGAUCAUGUUAGAUACCUAUAUUCGUAGCAAUGUCAUACAAAUGUACGCUACAUUAUGUUUGAUGGUAUGACUGUCCCUUAGAGGGACCUAUUUACGUUUUGGUAUAUUGACAACAUUGAAAAAAAUGUUUCAGAUUCACAAAUUAUCGUUGUAGUUAUGAUAUUUUUGAGAAAACAGUAAAACUGAAUAUGUACUAUGCCCUCAAACAUCCAUUAUAUACAUCUUUUGACGAUUUAAAAACCUGAAAAUUAUAAAGCGUUGCAACGCGAAACGAUUGAAUAAUUUUGAGAAUUCUGUUGUUGUCGUUAUUUUUGUGACGCUACGAGGAUUGCUUAUAUAAAGUAUAUAAUACAUCAUGCACUGUAUGAACACCGAUGACCGAGUGGUCUAAGCGUUAGACUUUUACUUCAGGGGUCAGUGGUUCGAGCCCAGUUGAGGGUUAUUUUUUUCUUUCUUUAAUGUUCUUAUUUUUACUGGAGAUUUUUACAUAAAUCAAUAUGAAGCAUUUAAUGACUUACUUAAAUACAUGCCAAAAUGUGUUAAAAGGUCCCUUUAACAUUUCCCAAUGACUCUGGCAAAUGAGUGUGGUUUUGAAUGGAGCAAAACUCAGUUUAGUUUUCGUCAUUGAAUAUAUGUAUUAAUUCAAAAUCGCUUAUAUUUGCUUGAAGAAUGAGUGUAAUGUCUUGAUUAAGGGUGUGUCAUAUCUAGGAGAAUGUGUGUAAUGUCUUGAUUAAAGGUGUGUAAUGUCUUGUAGAAUGUGUGUAAUGUCUUGAUUAAAGGUGUGUAAUGUCUUGGAAAAUGUGUGUAAUGUCUUGAAGAAUGUGUAUUCUCUUGAAGAAUGAGUGUGAUGUCUUGAUUAAUGUGUGUUAUGUCUUGAGGAAUGUGUAUAAUGUCUUCAAGAAUGUGUAUACUCUUGAAGAAUGAGUGUAAUGUCUUGAUUAAUGUGUGUUAUCUCUUGAAGAAUGUGUGUUAUGUUGAUUAUUUCAGAUUUUAAUUUUUUUUCUCCAAAUUACAUAAAACAGCAUGUACAUUAUUUUUUUCCGUAAAAUGCUUGUUUGAUUGCCCGUAAACGUUUAUCAUGUGUGAUACAAUAUUGCAUAUUUUGUUGUAAAAUAUACAUGAAUGUAUUUAUAUAUAAAUGUACACAAAUUAUGUUAAAUACAAGAGUAUUACAUGGCCAAUAAAUGUAUCUGAACAACU